AGAAUGGACGUUUAUAGACCGUCGUUCAUUCUUUUAAAUCAUUAGACAGAUAUUAAGGUAAGGAGGAACAUUACGUAUGUACAAGGAAAUCAUUCAACCUUUUUUCAAUUCCAAUAACAUUCAGUCACCCGUGUUAAGCGAAGCAGAUGCUAAUAUAUGUAAUAUAUAGCAAACAUUCAGACAACAAUGAACAGAGAUACCAUCAAAGACUAUAGAAAGAAUGAAAGAAAGUAUAAUAGUGUGUAGGCAACAGGUAGAUUUACUGUAGAGGGAAACGGAUUACAAUUUAUCAUACCGUGUUGAUAUAAAUAGAUUUUGAGAAAACAGAUGGAGAGCUACACAGUUAGAGGUAUAAUUGAGUGAAUAACGCAUAGAAAAUAACAGAUGCACAAGAUUAACCCACCGUGAAACUUCUGAACAUCUAACGUGAAAUUCUGAAAGGAAAUAACAGGUCAAAAGGGGACGUGAGGUGAAGUUUAAAUACAAAGAAAAAUGAAGUAUUGUGUGUACACACGCGACGACGCUAUUUUAUUAUUAAGCAAUUGUUAAAGUUUAUUUCAUUCACAAUAGAGAAAUGCUUAAGAAGUGUUUAAAAUAAAUAUUUUGGACGGAUAUGUGAAUGGGCUACCAUGAAUGAAGGAUAACGAAUUUUGUUGAGAAUGAUCUUGAUGAUAGGCACUUGGAGAUACACGUGGGAAGUUGUGACAUAGUCUUUACAGCGUUAUAAAAUCGGUUGUUAUCUGUCAAAUUGUCGCAAAGGAUUUAGUUAUAAUCAAGAUCGGGAUUAAGAUAAACAAAGUUUCAAAAACAUGCAGUCCUUGGAAGCCGCAGAACAAAGCAGGACAGAAAUAACACCAAUGCUUAAAAGGAGGAAGCGCAAAAUUGAAAGACUUUUAGGUAAACAGAAGUUUGAAAGUGCUGAAUUAGAGAGACUUUAUAAAAUUUAUGUUUAUACUUUACAACAAUCUGCUGUUGGAUACAUGCUUGGAGUUUUUAUUAUUUUAACUGCUUGUUUAUCAAUCUUAAAAUUUGUUUACGUAAAAAAUGUGACAAUAAGUGGAAUAUACUUGGGAAUUCAGUGUUUAAUAUUUAUAGGAAUUUACGUAUUAUUACAAACUAGAUUUACCAAAGAAACCAACUUUCCUGUUAUUUGUUAUAUAAUUUUGCCGUUUUUAUUUUGUUUUGCAAUUCUUUCAUUUCCAUUUGAUCUCGGUCCUGACUUUCCUGGAAGAAUCCGGACAGUUUACACAGUAGCAGACGGUGUUUGGGAAGUGAUGUUUGUCGUUUUCAUGAUUUAUUCACUAAUGCCACUGAGGACAUAUAUUGCAGCAGUUUUGGGAAUUAUUCUUCCCCUGUGUCAUCUAGUUAUUUCGGCGGUUAUCGUAGAAAAAAAAUCUUAUUCGUUACUAUGGCGACAGAUUGGAGCUAACGCUAUUCUGUUUCUGUGUGUAAAUGUUGCUGGUGUUUUUAUUCACAAUGUAACGCAGAGGUCACAACGGAAGACGUUCAUAGAUACUCGGAACUGCAUAGCAGCUAGACAAGAAAUAGAAGACGAGAACGAAAAGCUGGAAAAGCUGCUGCUAAGUGUACUCCCGCAGCACGUUGCCAUGGAAAUGAAGGACGAUCUAACAUCACAAAAUACUCAGGGACAGUUUCACAAAAUCUAUAUACAACCUCAUGAAAAUGUUAGUAUACUCUUCGCUGACAUAGUUGGUUUUACUAACCUGUCAUCACACUGCACAGCUCAGGAAUUAGUUCGAAUUUUAAAUGAACUUUUUGGACGUUUCGAUUAUUUAGCGAAGAAAAAUAACUGUAUGCGAAUCAAAAUUCUAGGGGAUUGUUAUUAUUGUGUAAGUGGUUUACCAGAAGAAAGACCAGAUCAUGCCAAAUGUGUUGUAGAGAUGGGACUUGACAUGAUAGAGGCUAUACACUCUGUAUGUGAAACAAGUGAUAUACAACUGAACAUGAGGGUUGGAUUACAUACAGGUCGAGUUUUAUGCGGUGUUCUUGGACUAAAAAAAUGGCAAUACGAUGUAUGGAGUAAUGACGUGACACUAGCCAAUCAAAUGGAAAGUGGAGGCAUUCCUGGACGUGUCCACAUUACAAAAGAAACAUUAGACAAUCUUCAAGGUGAAUUUGAAACAGAACCAGGAGAUGGCGGAGAAAGAAACCAAUUUCUUAAAGAGAAAGGAAUAGAAACAUAUUUGAUCAAAUCUAAUCAUCCUCGAAGGAUACCAAGUAAAUUCUUAAACAAGUCAGAUAUGAGUAACAUUCGAGCAAAGAAGUUAUCAUUUAGGAAUGUAUCCAGUUGCGUGAUUCGCCUGAUGCAGUCUGUCAAGUUUAAUGCUGAAAUUCCGUUCUCCAAUGUGUUGACACCACAACCUGAUGAGUCAAAACAAUCUGGGUCCAAGUUUACAAAAUUUGGUUAUUCAGUAACAGACAAACUUCGGAAAGCUUUCAAAGAAAGACAUUCUAACAAACCACAACCUCAGGACCGUGUUAACAAAUACCUGGCAUCUGCACUGACAGCACGAAGUGUAGACAGGGAGAAGAGAGAUCACGUGAACUUCUUUACUUUACGAUUUAAGGAAUCGUCAAAAGAACGAAGGUACCAUGCUGCAGACGACUUUGCUUUUAGUAGUAGCAUGAUAUGUUCCUUAAUCAUGCUCCUAUGUACAGCUGGAAUGCAAACAGUUGUACUACCAAGGACCAUUUUGCUUCUAAUGCUUUUCCUGGCCUCAUUUGUGUGGAUAUCGCUUAUCUUGAUGUUACUUCUCAGUGUUAAACUCAAGUGUGCACCGUUUGAUAUUCGUAAAUCUUCAGGAUUGAGAUUGUUUGUCAUGAUCACCACAAUAGCCCUUAUCUAUGCUACAUCUCAAGUGAAUAUUCUAUGUUGUAAAGAUUCUGCUUUCUACAAAACGCUUACAAAUGCUAGUAUGACAUAUAUUUCCUCUGAUGAACACUUGAAAUGUCCACUUCCACAAUACAUCUAUCUGAGUGGCAUUAUGGGAUAUAUAUGCGUUUCCGUUUUCCUAAAGCUUGCAGCUGGAGUAAAAGUGUUCAUGAUGGCAAUCAUUGCUGCGGUGUAUAUUGUUGUUAUGGAGUUUACGCAUGUAUCUGUGUUGAGUGCGUUUGACAACGUUUACAGACCAGUUAUUCCAACUCAUGUUAUUGGUGCAGUUGUAUUGAUUGUUUUCAUGGUAACCUUGUACCUGCAGGGUCGACAACAAGAAUGGACUUCUCGAUUAGACUUUUUAUGGAAAACACAGGCAACUGAAGAAAAGAUAGAGAUGACAGACCUACAGACCAACAACAGACAAAUCUUGUGUAAUCUACUCCCUGCCCAUGUUGCUGCUCAUUUCAUUGAUCUACAGGCAAGAAGUAAUCUGGAUGAUCUCUACAGUCAGCAUUACAGCAAAGUUGGUGUGUUUUUCGCCUCGAUUCCAAACUUUUCUGAUUUCUAUAUUGAACUUGAUGCCAAUAAUCAAGGAGUGGAAUGUUUACGUGUUUUAAAUGAAAUUAUUGUCGAUUUUGACGAGGCUCUUAACGAACCACGAUUCCGUGCAAUUGACAAGAUUAAGACAAUUGGAAGCACAUACAUGGGAGCAGUUGGUCUUAUGCCAGAAAUGAAAAUUCAGGCUGACAGUGAGGUAUCAAUGAGUAGUUACAUGGAAAUGCUGAUAGAAUUUAUAUUUACCAUGAAGGAAAAGUUACGUGUAAUUAAUGAAAAUUCCUACAACAGCUUUGCUCUUAAAGUCGGUGCUAAUAUUGGUCCUGUGGUAGCGGGAGUAAUAGGAGCCAGAAAACCACAGUAUGAUAUCUGGGGAAAUACAGUCAAUGUUGCAAGUAGAAUGGAAAGUACUGGAAAACCAGACAUUAUUCAGGUGACGGAAGAAGUUUAUAAUCUCUUGAAAUUAAAGUACGUGUUUCAGUGUCGAGGGAAAAUAAAAGUGAAAGGAAAAGGUGAAAUGUUAACAUAUUUCUUACUUGGACGAAAAACUGGAAAUGUCGUUCAAAGUCCAUCAUCAGCUGGUUCAUUUAACAGCUCCCUUACUCUGCCUAGCUCUCCGGGAUCACCAGCCAGUUCAUCAACCUAUAAUAGACCUUUACCUGAAUUGCCAGGCCAGCCAAGGCCACCAUCUGCUGAGUCAUCACAAAGUCACCAUCAACAGUCUGGAACUAACAGAAGCAGGGACGGGGUAACUAGAAAUCCUAGUGCAGUUAGCUUGUCGUCGCAAGACAGCACAACUGCAAAAGAUUUUGGUCGAAAUGACUCAUUCAGGUCUAAUUCAAGAUUACCACCUUGCUAUGCUGCACUUGUAAGUGAAAGACAAUCUACUAUUGAUAGUACGAAAGGUUUACCAACACCACCUGGAAGUUUGAAUCGGAAAAGAAGAAAUAGUACUGAUAGUCCACGAGCUAUUACACGAAAAACUAGUAGUAAUGCUCUUUCACAUUGCAUAUCUGGGCAUAUUUCAGAAGCUGAAUCAACAUAUACACGAAUGGACUCUCCUGAACUGCCUGCUGUUCAUUUUAUGAAUGUCAAGUCGCCUACUAGCCCACCUGUACAAAACUCAAUGUUUCAAAAUUUGCAGAAAUCGGACUCGAACACUGGUAUUACUCGAGAAGAUAAUUAUUCUGAGGUGCCAGGUUAUGAAAUGCCUUACUUUCAGCAAAAAACAAAAUCUACUGAGAACGAACGCGAAGUUGCCAAAAUAGAACAGUUACAAACGGCAAAGCCUCGGUCGUUAAACAAACAGUCUAAAAUCCCACAACGAGUUGGUGUGUCAAGCCCUCCUCGUCCAAAUAAACCACCUCCGGAAAAGUUUUCGUCACAUGAAGAAAGUCGAAAUGACAGUAUGUCUUUGGCCAGACAAUCACAAAAUACGCCGCAAUAUGCCCAGAUUCAACCUAUUCGAAAAGCUAAGUUUGAAGUAGCGAAGCCGUUUGUGAGUUGUCCACCAAUGACAAAACCUUGUCAAGUUGUUAAUCCAACAGUUCCUAUAAUUCGACCAACACCAUUAGUCUUAACGGGCGCCGCGCCACCAUUACAUCAUAAAAUUAGAGCUGCGCCAUACCAAAGACCACAAGGAGACUAUGACUCUGCAGUACAUGCCAUAACUGUUGAUGCAGGAAAUCAAACAGAAACAUCAGACAUUUCACCAGAAAGAAAAGUGAAAAUGAAUGACAUACUAAAAGAAUUGGGAAACGUAAUCAGGCCAGAUGAACCAAAUCGUCCAAAAUUAACUCGACAAAAACAAAAAAAAGAACGACCAAUCUCUGGAAGUGAGGAUGUGUUUGUGACUGCAACAUAUAGAGAACCAAUAACCGCCAAUGUAGCAAAAACACCAUCACCGUUGACUAGUCCGCACAUGUCUCCUUCAAGCACCAACCAGCAAUUGAGCAAACAUUUCGUAGAGCAAAUAUCUAAUCCGUCAUCACCUGUUAAACAUCAUACAAAUGAACGUCGGGUUUCUGAGAGUUCACGGGGAAGCAGUUGUUCAUCCAGAUCAACUCUAACUCCUACAUCUGCCUUAGUCGUAAGCAUUGAUGGAAGAUCUAUGUGUAUAAUGCCAAGUUCAAAUUCGCCGGAACAAGAACAACCACCACCUUUACCACUUCGGAGGGUACCGUCGGAUAUAACAAAAGAACGCACUGUUGAAGUCAAACCGUACAGCGAAGUUCGCAGGAGCAAUUCAAGUCCAAGAUUACGUCCAGUCCCUUUUACGUCGCCAAAAAAGCAGCGGAAAGACAUACUUGCUGCACUUCCCCAUUCAGAUGAUGACAAGGAAUCUACCAGCUCAAAACCCAUGAGUGAUCAGUCUUCUGUACUAUUGCUACAACCGAUUGAACUAAAACUCGCUCGACCAGCAUUAGUAAAGCAAUUAUCUAGUCCGGAUGAAAAUAAUGAACUGUAUACAAGAGCGUUUUUAGCAGAUUUCACACCAUCGCAUCUUAAUCGAAACUUGUCAAGAUCAAGUGAUGUUUUGUACGGAAUCCCGAAGUGCCCCGCAACUCCGAAAUUCCCAGUGCUUACAACUGCAGCUUCGUCAUCACUUACUGAACUACUUCAAGAACUGGCAAGUGAACAUCCUAAUGCGAAACUUGAAUCUUAUCUUAGCCAGCAGUAUCCUGAACGCCCAAGAAAGAACAUUCAUGAAAAUCGACAUGGUGAUCGAAAUACAAGGAAAAGUUUUCCCCAUGGGAAACCACCGGUAUGUAAUGAAACGGUUAAACAGCGAAUAGCCACACGCAACCAAGCAAUUGCAAAACGGAAACAGGAACCUUGUCCGAAAGAUGUUUCAUCACCUGAACAUAGCGACGGCAGCGAGUUUGGAAAAUCACCACCACAGCCAAAUCCUUUUCAAGUAAAAAGAAGAGGAAACUUUACAAUGCCACCUCGUUAUUGUAGAAGCUUAGAUUAUAUUCCAAGUGAUAGGGAAGAAGGGGUUUCGUCAGCUACGUCGUCUACUUAUGGAAGUCCUAAAAUGAGUCGUGCAUAUGCGGAGGUUCUUCCACUAUUUUCGAAGAAAAUCGAACAGUACCUUGCCGGUAGAAAUGCUCUCGGAAUUGAUAGUCUGAGUAUUUCUUCAAUAGCUAGCAGUAGUGAAAUGUCUAGAAGUGACCCAAACAUUAAUAUGGAUUCGGGGUCAGCCGCAUAUGAAUCUGAAUAUGACAAUUACCGACCAGGUAUGGCAAGUGAUGAAGAUGUUUUAUAUGUCCCUGAUCCAAUUAGUGACACUGAAAUCGAUUAUUUCGACGAUAUUAACAUUGAUAAUAUAACUGUGAGCGAUUCGUUUAGUUUAGACAUGCCUCUUGCAAAACUGACUAAAAAAAUUACGGAUGUGUAGAUGCGUAUAAACGUUUAAAAAAAUAUUUUUUUUGAAGUGUAAAGACGAGUAUUAAGUGUUGAUUGUGUGUAUUAUUUAGAUGUUAAAACUUGAUUGUUGGGAAGAUUAUAUAUUCAAAAAUCAUUACACAAUUAUGACAAUGAAGUGUCCACUAACUGUAGUUUUGUACGAAAAAAACAUGAAUGUCGCUGCAAUGAAACUAUUAAAAAUAAGAACAUUGAAAAUAAUACGAUGUUUUUAUAGAAUGUAAUACUAUUUUUAUAGCAUUUGAUGUAGUUACUUUUAAGGUGCUAUGUGUUUGGAUUGUUUUUAAAUUGUUAAAUUAAAGCGCUAUAUCUUUUUUUAUUUGAUGACAGACAUAUUAAUUUUUGUUAUUUAUUUUCUUCUCAUUACAAUUACUAUCUGACAAUAUGAUGAUAAUUACUUUUAAUACAAGAAACUGUAAACAUCAAGUAUGCACAUGUUAUUUUUUACAAAAGCAUCUACAUUUUAGUGAUAUUAUUUUGCUAUAACUUUUUGCUAUAAAUCAAGGUGCAUAAUCAAGUAAUAUUUAUGUUUUCAAAAUGACUAUUUAUUUAUAUAAGCAAUACAAUAUGUGUUCAAUAACAAUUGUGCAUUUGUCUUUUCAAAAAGCCAGUAUCGUUUCUUUCUAUUUUAUGUAAAACUUUCUUCUCUUGACAUCAGUUUUUGAUUUGGGGUUAAAUUUGAAAGAAUUUUUUUGAUCUAAAAUGCCUUCUUACUUUGACAUGCUAUUGAUAAUUUAAGGAUAUGCAGGUAUGAGCAAAGUGUAUUCUCCCUUCAAUUUUUACAUUAAGUGUGUCAUAUUUAAAUACUCUUUGAAUUGCACGAGUAUUUCUUUGUAUAAAUUCCUCUGUUACCUUAUGAUGUUAGAUAUUAUGACUGCAUAGCCUCUUAAUAGAUUAGCUAAUGUGUUUACCUUAUACGGCAAUUUUAUUUUUUCUGUCUUUAGUAAAUUUAACUGAUCUAAUAGAAAACUAUCUGCAUCUGUACACAAUUGUUAAAAAAAGUCCUCAUUGAGGAAAUUAUCCUCACA